AACAAGUUACACAAGCAAUUGGUUCAAUCGUUUCAAAGGAGAAGAACUAGCAUUGCUCGCCUGGUCUAUAUCUUUCUUUCUUUGUUGUUUCGUUUGUGUUGAUAUCACCGUGAAGCCAUGGAGGAUUUCGAUAUCCCAGCAGGUGAUGAGAUGAAUGAGGACAUGAUGGAUCUUCCCGACGUUAACCCGAAAGUUGGAGAGGAGAAAGAGAUUGGGAAGCAGGGCUUGAAGAAGAAGCUUGUCAAGGAAGGUGAAGGGUGGGAUACCCCAGAAAAUGGUGACGAAGUUGAAGUUCAUUACACUGGAACAUUGCUUGAUGGUACCCAGUUCGAUUCAAGCAGGGAGAGGGGGACGCCUUUCAAAUUCACUCUUGGCCAAGGUCAAGUGAUCAAGGGAUGGGAUGAAGGUAUCAAAACAAUGAAGAAGGGUGAGAAUGCCAUCUUCACCAUUCCUCCAGAGUUGGCCUACGGUGAAACUGGAUCCCCUCCACAAAUUCCCGCUAAUGCCACUCUUCAGUUUGAUGUUGAGCUGCUGACUUGGGUUAGUGUGAAGGAUAUAUGCAAAGAUGGAGGGAUUUUCAAGAAAAUACUCACUGCAGGAGAAAAAUGGGAGAACCCAAGAGACCCAGAUGAAGUGCUAGUGAAAUAUGAAGCACGACUCGAGGAUGGAACUCUGGUUUCAAAAUCUGAUGGAGUGGAGUUCACUGUCCGAGAAGGGUAUUUCUGUCCUGCAUUGUCCAAUGCUGUGAAAACAAUGAAGAAGGGAGAAAAGGUCCUCUUGACAGUGAAGUCACAAUAUGCAUUUGGAGAGAAGGGAAGGCCAGCCUCUGGUGAAGAAGGUGCUGUUCCACCAAAUGCCAAUCUUGAGAUAACUCUUGAGUUGGUAUCUUGGAAGACUGUGACAGAAGUUACGGAUGAUAAGAAAGUACUGAAGAAGAUCCUCAAAGAAGGAGAGGGCUAUGAGCGCCCUAAUGAUGGAACUCUUGUCAAAGUGAAGUUGAUUGGGAAAUUACAAGAUGGAACAGUAUUUUUGAAGAAGGGCCAUGAUGAAGAGGAGCUUUUUGAGUUCAAAACUGAUAAUGAACAAGUUAUUGAUGGUCUCGACAGAGCUGUUAUGACCAUGAAGAAAGGUGAGGUUGCCCUGGUGACAGUUGCACCGGAAUAUGCUUUUGGUUCGUCUGAAUCGCAACAGGAACUCGUCGUGGUUCCUCCCAACUCAACUGUAUAUUAUGAAGUUGAGCUUGAAUCCUUUGUGAAGGAGAAAGAGUCAUGGGAUAUGAACACCCAGGAGAAGAUAGAAGCUGCUGGUAAGAAGAAGGAAGAAGGAAAUUUAUUGUUCAAGGCAGGUAAAUAUGAAAGAGCCUCCAAGAGAUAUGAAAAGGCUGCGAAGUACAUUGAGUAUGAUACCAGCUUUAGUGAGGAGGAGAAAAAACAAGCCAAGGCAUUGAAAGUCACUUGUAACCUUAAUAAUGCAGCCUGCAAGCUUAAGCUGAAGGAUUAUAAGCAAGCAGAAAAGCUGUGUACCAAGGUAUUGGAGAUCGACAGUACAAGUGUUAAGGCACUUUACAGGCGCGCUCAGGCAUAUAUUCAGUUGGUGGAUCUUGAGCUGGCUGAGUUAGACAUUAAGAAGGCACUUGAAUUAGAUCCUAAUAACAGGGAUGUGAAAUUGGAAUACAAGGUUCUCAAGGAGAAGGUAAAAGAGUACAAUAAGAAAGAUGCGAAGUUCUAUGGUAAUAUGUUUGCAAAGAUGAGCAAGCUAGAGCUGCCUGAAGCAAACAAAGCCGCAGUGAAGCAGGAAACUGAGCCCAUGAGCAUUGACAGCAAGGCUUAAAGAUGUUGACGACAACAAUUGAUUGUGUGGUGUGGAGAGAUGAGGGAACUUGGUGGAUUUUAUUAACUACCCAGUUUUUUUUUUUUUUUUUUUUUUUUUUCCAGUUUUACAUUUUAUGUGGAAUGAAAUAGAAGGAUUGGGAGUUUUGAUACAAUUCUAUUGUGGAUUAUAGAAUUACAAUGUUGAAAGUUAAAUCAGGCUAUUGCUGACUAACUGGACUAUUUUCUUUUAUGGAGAAAAUAAUGGAACGUUAAAGGGUCAAAUUCCCAUUCUUCUA